UACUUCAUAAAACACUCCUUACACAAUCAACUGCUACAUAUGAUACUCUGACCAACAUGCUCUACUCACAUCCCGCAUUUAAUUCCUCUCAGUUUACCGACAACUUUUAUCUUAUUAUGACUUUACAGGGCCUUAUCCUAGUUUCACUAAUACAAGCUCUUCAAUCUGAGAAGACAGCAUCUAUGAGAAAUAUGGAAGCUCUAUGCUGCCAAGCUAGCCUUAUAGAAAAAACAGCACAAAGUACCUAA